CCCGAGCGAGUCACGUGCUGCAUCACGACAAUAAUACGGAAGUCUGGGUUAAACGAUUUAAGGGACGAGCAGUGUUUUUUUUCUUUACGGGCUAAAAAGAUGAGACAUUUUGCCGUCGUUUUGUUGUUUCUUUGUCGCUGUUGCGCAGCAGGACAAAACGAGCCGAUUCAGACAUUUGUGAUACCUCACAGUCACAUGGAUGUCGGCUGGGUGUACACUGUUCAGGAGAGCAUGCACGCGUAUGCAGCCAACGUGUACACCAGUGUGACCGAGGAGCUGUCAAAGGCCGCAGACCGCAGGUUCAUCGCCGUGGAGCAGGAGUUCUUUCGACUGUGGUGGGAUACUGUGGCCACGAGCUCCCAUAAGAAACAAGUACGCCAGCACGUGAAAGAGGGUCGGCUUGAGUUCAUCAUCGGGGGCCAAGUGAUGCACGACGAGGCUGUGACCGAUCUGGACGACGACAUACUGCAAAUGACAGAGGGACACGGUUUCCUCUACGAGACGUUCGGGGUGCGCCCUCAGUUCUCCUGGCACGUGGAUCCAUUCGGAGCCUCUGCGACCACGCCGGUCCUCUUCGCCCUGGCCGGGUUCAACGCCCACCUGGUCUCCCGCAUCGACUACGACCGCAAAGACGCCAUGCAGAGGAACAAGAAACUUCAGUUUGUAUGGAGAGGUUCUCCCACUCUGAAAGAGAAGCAGCAGAUCUUCACUCACACGUUGGACCAGUUCAGCUACUGCACCCCAUCUCAUCUGCCGUUCUCCAACAGCUCCGGUUUCUACUGGAAUGGAGUCGCCUUGUUCCCCGAUCCCCCUAAAGACGGAGUUUACCCCAACAUGAGCCUGCCCGUCACCGAGGAGACGGUGCAAGCGUACGCCAAGACGAUGGUGGAGAACAUCAAGCUGAGGGCGGCUUGGUUCAGGACGAACCAUGUGCUUUGGCCAUGGGGCUGCGACAAACAGUUCUACAACUCAUCCGUCCAGUUCAACAACAUGGAUCCUCUGAUGAAGUACAUCAACCAGAACAGCAAAGAUUUGGGCGUGACGGUCCAGUACGCCACUCUCAGCGAAUACUUCCAGGCCAUCUACCAAUCGGAUGUAGUCUGGGAGCCUCGUGGGAGCGAAGAUUUUUUACCAUAUUCCACUGAGCCGCACCAGGCGUGGACGGGGUUCUACGCCUCCAGAAAUGUUCUGAAAGGAGUGGCCCGCCAGGCCAGCUCGCGGCUGCACGCAGCCGAGUCGCUCUUUGCCCGGUACCGAGUCGGCUUCCCCGACGGACCCGUCCCGAGAGACUGGGCGUUGGAGAGGCUGAGGGCGCUUCGCUGGGCCGUCUCAGAGGUCCAGCACCAUGACGGCAUCACCGGCACCGAGUCUCCCAAGGUGGCCGACAUGUACCUGCAGCACCUCUCGCAGGCCGCGGCUGGAGUGGACGAGCUUCUGGCUGCGCUCGCGCUGCUGCCCCACAGCCCCGAAAAAACAGCCAGCGUUCCCGGCACCCGGCGCCGCGGAGAAGGUGUACACAUUUUGCCGGAGGACUGCGGCAUGCUCAUGACAAGCGUUCGCCAGCCGCUGGAGCGGCACGUCGUCAUUUACAACCCGUUAGCGUGGAACGCCACCGCCGUGGUCAACGUCACAGUAUCCUUCCCCACCGCAGCCGUCUUCGAUAAUGAGGGGAAACCAGUGCGGGCGCAGAUCCAGAGGUCGGCACGGUCCAAUGUGACCUACGACCUCUUCAUCGUGGCGGAACUCGGAGGCCUUCAGCAUAGGCGAUACCUGAUCAGGUUCUCCGAGGAGAAAUGCUCCGGGGGGGAGUGUGACUGGACUUAUGAGGCCGAAAGGGUUACGUUCGAGAGACGCAACAUCCGGGACGGGAGGAAAACCGGGAGGAGGCUCCUGCCUGUGAUGAACGGCUGCUACGAGCUGAUGUUUGACCAGGACACAAACCUACUGCACAGCAUCACUCAUCUUCAAGAAAAGCGGAGAGUGAGGAUGACUCAGGAUUUCUGGCAGUACGACGCAAAUGGAGACAUAAAAUCGGGGCCCAUCUCGGACAACUACAUCUUCAGCGCCAACGGCUCAGCUGUGCGGGCGUACGAGGCCGUGGAGAUGGAGAUCGUCCCCGGGAGGAUCGUGACCGAGAUCAGGCAGCGCUUCUAUCGAGAGGAAGGGGACAAGGACUACACCUACUCCAUCACCACCCGGGUCCCAGAAUGCUUCGGGAGGCGGCGGCCGUGUCACAGGCUGGAGCAGACCUGUUCGCUGGGGCCCCUCCAUCUCAACACGGAGGUGGUGCUCAGGACCAGCUCCUGCCUGAGGACCAACCGGACCCUGUACACGGAUGACAAUGGCUAUCAGAUGAUGAAGAGGACACACAGGAAGUUCACUAAUAACACUUUGGCAAGGAACUACUUCCCCAUGGUGCGGGCCGCCUAUAUCCAGGACGACGUCAGCAGACUGGCGCUGGUCAGCGACAGAGCCCACGGCGUCUCCAGCCAAGCCGACGGACAACUCGAGGUCAUGCUGCACCGCCGCCUUCGGAACAACCUGCCCUGGAACCUCGGCUACAACCUGACGCUCGACGACAGCUCGGUGGCGACGCCCACCCUGUGGAUGACGCUGGGCUCCAUCGGGGUCGCCUCCCAGCUCGGCCAGAGGGACGCCGUAGAGCUGCAGCACAGGCCCGUCGUCCUUCCCAUUGACCCGCCCGAGCGCUCCUGGCAGGAGGAGGAAGCCAGAGGAGGGGCUCCUCCGGUGCGUUCGGUGGUCCUGCCGCCCAACCUCCACCUGCUCAGCCUCAGUAUCCCCGGAUGGAACUACAGCUCCGACCAUGAUGUUCACCUCAGACACGUAAACUCAGGUGAGGAUUUGCACCCGGAGCCGGACUACGAUCGGGUCCUGCUGAGGAUCAUGCACCUCUUUGAGGAGGGAGAAGACCCUGAGCUUUCCAAGCCAGUCGCCAUAAACCUGAAGCAUGUUCUGCAGGGCAUAGGGGAAGUCAAAAAGCUGGAGGAGCGUUCUCUUACAGGAACCUGGGACAUCAGCCGUCUGCAGAGGUGGAAGUGGAAGACGGCGGAUGACUUAAAAACAAACAACAACAGCUGUCGCAGUGGCGGAGAGGAGCCGUUCACUGUGACCAUCUGCGCCAAAGAGAUCAGGACUUUCUUCGUCCACUUUGCCUCCGGGAACUUUUAGGCGGAAACCGUCUUCUGUGAAGACGGUUAAUCGUUAAUUAUUACAUGUGUGAUCUUUUGGCUACAAUGUUAAUUAAUACUGAUACUUUCUGCACGUUGUUGCAAGGCACUGAUGCAUAGAUCAGGUGUGCACGUUGUCUGCUUUAGACUGAAUGAAGUGAUCCUUUUUUCAUAUUUGUUCACAAAUGUAUGACUUUACUGACCAACCAACAACGCGGGAAAGUCUGACAUUGGAGAUUUUCAUUAAAUUGUAGAUGACAAAUGUUAUUCUUGGUCUGCAAAGGAAUAAAUACUACACAGAAUCAACUGUCUAUAAUUUUCCAGGACAUAUUUUCAACCGAAUAAAUAAUACAAAACA